CUUUGGGAGGAAAAGAUCGGAGCAGGAGAUGUCGACGACAGAGUCGGGGAAUAGCUCGACAGAGUCGGAGGUGUCCGGUCUCGACUACGAGGAGACACAGCUGACGCUCGCCCCGCCCGGGGGUUCGAAAUCGGAACCCGAGAGGAAGCGCGGUUUCUCGGAGUCUGUCGAUCUCAGAUUCGGGAGGCCUGCGUUGGAGGCGCACGCCAAGGAUCCCGCCUCCGGAUCCUCCGACGGGCCCGUCUCCGGUGCCGGAAAGUCUCCAGCCUCCAAGGCACAGGUGGUGGGUUGGCCGCCGGUGAGGUCGUUCCGGAGGAACGCUUUAAGGAGCUGCACCUAUGUGAAGGUGGCCGUGGAUGGGACGCCCUACCUUCGUAAGGUUGACCUCGAUGCCUACGCAGGGUACCAGCAGCUGCUGAUCGCCCUCGAGGAGAUGUUCUCCUGUUUCACCGCCCGCGACUAUACCAACGAGAGGAGGCUGGUCGACCCCGUGAACGGGGCAGCUUAUGUCCCUACUUAUGAGGACAAGGACGGUGACUGGAUGCUUGUUGGUGAUGUCCCCUGGAAGAUGUUUGUUGCUUCAUGCAAGAGACCGAGGUUGAUGAAAAGCUCAGAAGCUGUCAAUUUAGGGAUGCGCCAAUGCCAGGUGUUUCCUACAGUCCUCAUGGGUUCAACUUAGUCUUUUUGCUUGCUGUGGUGCUUGCAGCUCCAAGAACACCUCAGGGAUGCGCCAAUGCCAGGUGAACCAGGACACAACAUCAAUAAAAACAAUGAGAUGUGUACAUAAAUUGUUUGUAAUCCUUCCAUGUUUCACAUGUUCUGACUAGCAUCAAGGAGAGUAGGAAAUAAGAAUUGUUGUACUUAAUGUGUC